UGAAGAUUAGCAAUACCCGAGCCGAAGGAAAAACGUUCCAAGUGUCCCCCUGGCCCCUGCUCUUCCUUCCCCUCGGCGCAGAAACCCAGCCGGAGAAGAGAACUAGAUGGAAUCCGACUCCGACGCCUCCCCUAACCCACCGCCGGCGCAGGAGGAAUCCUCUCAGGAGGAUCCUUCGCCGGCCCGCUCCUCCUCCUCCCCCUCCACUGCCCCCACGGCGGCAGCCCCACCUCCCCCUGGGGCGAGGGAGGUGGCGGCGGCGAUGUUGGCGGUGGAGCGAGACGCCGCCGCUAUCGCCGAGAGCUACGCCUCCCUCUUCGCCUCCCUCCGCAUCGCACUCUCUAACGUUACAUCGACGUCGGCGGAGAACAUGGACUGCUUGAGCGAAGUCGUAGGUCGCCUCCAAGAAUCAGCACUUGAAGCGUCUUCGAAAGGAAAUAAGUACAUCAAUUCGUGCCUCAGGUUAAAUGAGGAAAUGAGAGGCUUGGAAAGCCUAAGUAUGCAACUAAAGACUAUGCGGAAGAAUGUUGAUUCACUAGACUUGGCUGUUGAUCGACUGCUCCACAUCCCGUAGUCAGUGUUUGUUAUCAGUAUCAUCUACAAGGAACUUUUGACGACAUUUAUUUACCAAGUAGCUGUCACAUUUUUGAGUUCCAAGGCAACCAACUACUGUAAAUCUGAAGUGGCUUGUAUCAGCAAAAGAGAAGUUUUCCCUUCCACAGCAUGAUGAAGUUCGCCUAAAUCUUGACUUUAUUUACUCUUCCUUAUGUGUACUUGGGAACAAGGCAGUAUGCGUUUGUUGAGAAAUCACAAUUUUCUUAUCUUCCAUCAUUUACCUUCUUGUGAUCUAUGUCUUGAAUUAUGCUUCUAGAGUGGGCCAUUCAACCUAUGGCCACACAAGUUGGUAUUUUUCUCUGUAAGACUGAAAAGGGGCAAUAAAGAUAUUUUAUUUUAUAAAUGUUA